AUGUCGAGCACUCCCCAGCCAACACUCGGCCAAAUCGCCCAAAAGAUCCUCGAAGAGGCCCUCCAGCGCAUACUCCACGACAUCAUCAUCCAACGGCAUCACGAACACAAAAUGCUUCUAGACUCUCUCGAUUCGUCCACGAAGCUUCCGCAUUGCGAAACCUGCAAGCUACCCAAACUCCUCGAUCCUCCCCUCGCGCCCAAAGUCAGAGGAGCGCCCUCAGACCCACCAGCAAAUCAGAACUACUGUGACUUGAAGCCAUGGUCACGGCGACCGGGACACGAUAUCUACGGGAAUCCUUUCCUCAAAUCCGAUGCAGGCGGACGACCUCUUAAUAAGAAGGACAAGAAGAAAGACGAAGGCACACCAGCCAGCGAAGCUGCUGGCAACGAAGCGGGCGGAGAAGGCACAGGACCGCCCAGUCCGAGUCAAGAGAACGAUAACCAGGAGAGUCAGGCCAAGGGAAAGCUGGAAAAGGGCGAGAAGAAGGCGAGCAAGAUCGACGAGAAGUUGAAGAAGGGGGAAUACAUCCCGUGGCACACAUGUCCGAGCUGCAAGCGCAGUCUGCUCAUCACGCGCUUCGCUAAGCAUCUGGAACAGUGCAUGGGCUUGUCAGGACGAGCAGCGAGCAGGAAUGCCAUGGCGAAGAUGAACGGGACGCCCAGUGCUUCGAGAGGAGGCACGCCAAAUCCCGGUCAGGAGGGCGGUGGUACGGGUGGAGAGAAGAACGGCGCCAGCAACAACGCAGGCAACGGAGACGACGAAGAGGACGACCUCGCCGUCAAAGGCCCCGGAGGCGUCAGGAAGAAGCUCCUCAAGAAGGGCUUGAAAGACAAGGUCAAAAAGGGCGAGAAGGCAGGCGCGGGAGCGAACGGCAAGAUCCCCAAAUCCCUCACUCCCGCGAAGAAGCCGUCGAAUAACAAUCCACCCCAUUCCGCGGGCGGAACGCAGCGGUCGUCGCCUGCCCCUUCAUCCGUGGGCGGGGAUAAGCGAGAUCGGGAUGAGGUGGGAGAUGACGACGCGGACGAGGGGCAUGCGAAGAAGCGGCAGAAGCUACAGCGGGUGGGCAGUACCGCGAGUAUCCUGUCGCAGAGCACCACCGCGCCGACGGAGAUGGAGCGACAGGAUAGUCUGGACGGGAGCUUCAUCAACGAGGAUGCCGAGGCAGCAGAUGACUGA